AUGUCCGUAGCCUCGAUUCCCGACACCUCGCUUGGCCUCACCUCCUCCGAGAUCCAGAUUCUCCGUCAACAACAACAGAUUGCUCUACAGGGUGGUCAUACUGGCAAUGGGGUUUCCAGGGGCAGAGGUACUGGGCGUACAAGCAACUCCAGCUCGCGCGCUGCCAGCGCCGCCAGCAGUCACGGCCGAUUGCUGCUGGACCCGAUGAGCCUCCGGGCACUUUCGCACCAGCUGGACGGGUUGCAACAACAGAUUCAGAAUCGCCUCGAACACCUGGAGGAGCAAAUGCAACUGUCUAUUCAAAAUACUUAUGACCGCGCCGGAAACGUUAUCCGCAACGCUGACGCAGAGAUCGCCCGUGCCCGUUCGAUACUGUCCUCAAUUGACGAUUUGGAGAAUGAACUUGCAAAAAUUGGACACAUUAGAGAGAUUGUGAGGGCCUAUCGUGGCCGAAUAGAAGGCCUAGACCAACGUCUUGACCAAGCUGCCCGCCGCAGACGAUGA